UAUAAAUACUGUGACUUCAAUAGAGGAUCACCAGCAGGUUCCCUAACUCCGCUAUACCAAAGGAGGAGGAAUUGGCUGAGAAGAUAUUUAUAUUUAUAUAUAUAUUUUCCACCUUCAUCCACAGUUUGGCUCGCAUGCAUCUGGUAUCAUUUUCAACGAGCCACACCACUGAUGUCUUAAGCAGCGAAGGGGGAGAGUGUGUGUGAGAGAGGGAGUGAGUGUAUGGUGUUUUUUCCAAGAGGAGAGGAAGCAGUGAUGGAAGAGCUCACCGCUUUCGUAUCCAAGUCCUUCGAUCAGAAAGUGAAGGAGAAGAAGGAAGUGAUAACCUACAGGGAGGUGUUGGAGACCGGGGCGGCGCGAGCAGGGAGCCGGGAGUCUUUAUCCGCGGAGCCCGGGAGCCGAGAGGAGGCGGCCGCGGUCGCCCGGAACGUGGCUCUAUCGCCGGGCAGGGAGACGGACAUGCUCGGGCCGGAGAGGAUCAGGGACGCGGGGAGUCCCAAACUCAUUGACGGCACCACGGACGUGAAGGAGCGGAAAGAGGACUCGAAGCCCAUCGAGGAUGAAACGCAAACAAAGAUCAAGCAAAGGAGAAGUCGGACUAACUUCACGUUGGAGCAGCUCAACGAGCUGGAGCGGCUCUUUGACGAAACCCACUACCCGGACGCCUUCAUGCGGGAGGAGCUGAGCCAGAGACUGGGACUGUCAGAGGCCCGAGUGCAGGUUUGGUUCCAGAACAGAAGAGCCAAAUGCAGGAAGCAGGAGAACCAGUUACAUAAAGGAGUCCUGAUUGGAGCAGCGAAUCAGUUUGAAGCUUGUCGUGUAGCGCCAUAUGUCAACGUGGGGGCUUUACGAAUGCCAUUCCAACAGGAUAGUCAUUGCAACGUGCCGCCCUUCUCCUUUCAGGUGCAGGCGCAGCUGCAGCUGGACAGCGCCGUGGCUCACGCGCAGCACCACCUGCACUCUCACCUGGCGGCGCACGCGCCCUACAUGAUGUUCCCCGCGCCGCCUUUCGGGUUGCCCCUGGCGACGCUCGCGGCGGAGUCGGCCUCCGCCGCCUCAGUGGUGGCCGCCGCCGCUGCGGCCAAGAAUACGAGCAAGAACUCGAGCAUCGCCGACCUGAGACUGAAGGCCAAAAAACACACGGCGGCGUUGGGACUGUGACGGCGACGACGCGAGGCGACUGAGGAGACACUGAACCAAAACUGCUUACAACGUGAGGGGAGGGGAGGGGCGAGAAAAAGUAUGGACGGACGUAAUUUAUGUUUUCUCAAUGAAGGAGGACGAGUAUAAUUAUAAAAUAUAGGCUAUUUAUGAAAUACAACGAGGAAGACUGUGACGUGAUAGCCUACACGGAAGCCUAAAGAGGCGGACGGGGUGGACGGCGACGCGGGGACAGACACCCCGGCGAGGAAGAGGAGGAGGAGGAGGAUGCAGCUGGGUCGGUCGAUUCUUUGUCAAACAAGGCGAACCAUUCUGCAAUUUUUCCUGUUUAAAUAUUGUAUUCUUGUUGUUAUGAUUUCUUUUCGAUUCUACAUAGAGGCUGGCCUCAUAAUAUUUCAAAAGAAACUGGGGAGAAAAAAAAAGGAACAACUAAAAAACAAAACCCCUCUGCUAAAGUAGCGGAUGUUCUUUGUCAAAAAGAGGGAACAUAUUUCUCCCUCCACUGUUUCUUGUCCAGUUUGAAAAUGCCUCUGCAGUGUUUGCAUGAGUUCGUGAGCCAUCUACCUACCCCACGUUCCCCCCCCCAACUCCUGUCAGCUCUUAUCCUCUGUCCUCCCCUCUCAAUUGAAAGUUUGGCCUUCCUGACCUUGAUUAGACCUCCCAUGGCUGAAGGUAAAACGGACUCCACGCCAGAAAUGUGAGAUUAUAAAACAAGACGAGCGUUUUUAAAAAAAAAAAAAAAAAAAAAAAUCAUCAUAUGAGCCAGU